GCUUUACGCGAACAAACUGCAAACACUAUACACUAACUAUGGAGGCGAGCGUCAUUCUCGUAGAAUUGAAAAAGCAAUAGUAAAUGGACGGAAGAAAAAACUAUCAAAACUAUAUCUGAGCUUGCAAAUAUUGUGCGUUCUGUGGUGUUUCGUGGAAAAAGUAAAACUGAUCCUGCAACUAGGACAUUUCAGGCUAUUAGAGUAUGAGUAAACGACGAACUGGGAGAACUUGAAAAGGGCAUGAAAACAGUAUCUGAAAAUUUAAAUAAGAAUGGCAAGUUAAUAGUUGUCACUUCUCAUUCUUUGGAAGACCGUAUAGUUAAAACCUUUUUUAAAAGUUUAUGUGAGCCAAGAUUUAUCGAUUGUAAGGUAUGAGCCAUGAUCUAUCGAUUGUAAAGUAUGAGCCAAGAUCUGUCGAUUGUAAGGUAUGAGCCAAGAUCUAUCGACUGUAAAUGCAAAUCGACGCUAAGAGCUAUGCAGAGGUUAUCG